AGGACAAACGACAACGGGUCCCAUUGAAACGACAACCCCAAGUCAGUCAGUUGGACCUAUUAAAGAGCUGGAAAAAACCACAACGAUCCCGAUUUUGUGCCAACUUACUGAUAUGAUGGCAGAUCAAGCAGUUACUUAUAAUACGAACAUUGAUUUAUUGGACGGAUCGUCAAAAAACACGUUUGUGUUUCCUAGCGACAAAGGAAUUCCCCAAAUAGAAUUUAUUGCAGAAAAGUCAAAAUUUGUACAAAAAAUUGUUUUUAGUUCCAAAAAUAUAAAGUCUGUUAAUAUUGUAUACAAAACGCCAAAUGGUGACACUGUCGAAAAGAUUGAAUCUGUUCUUCAGGGUGAUGGAAAUCUGAACGUUAACAGCGGUUAUUCAAAUGUUGGAACCAUCACUUUAGAUUUAACGGCUAAAAAUUCUAAUGAAAACCUCAAGAUUGAAAAUUUAGAAAUUUUCACCUGUCUCGAAGGAACGACUAUUCCUGCUUCUACUACUCAACACCCUGUAACGACUCAAAAGCCCAAAUCGUCAACAACAGUGAGCCAAUGCUCGGUGAAUAAUCUUAUGGACGAACGAGCGGUUCAAACUUCAACAACGCCAACUGCUGCAUAUGAUGAAUCAGAGCAUGAAUAUGUCUUCCCAAUCGAAAGUGAUGUUAACGUCAUUAAAAUAACUGCUUCCAAUCCAAAAACAGUUAUGCGAAUAAACUUUCACUCAGAGAAUAUAAUUGACAUAAUUAUAAUAUUUUACGACGCAAACAAUGGCGAAAUCUGGACAGACGUUAAAUCACCAAAUUCUGAUGGCUACUUCGAUUACAUAACUAAUUUUCCAAAUGUAAAAACUAUUGAAUUAACGGCAAGUACUCGUACGAACCAGCAAGUUAAAAUUGAAGAUUUGCAGAUAAUGACAUGCGCCGAAGCAGUUACUACACUAGCUAUUCCAACAACAACUAGAGUUGUAGCAACAUCUCCUACAACAUCUUAUACACCCGGACUUGUUAUUGAACAAUCCACAUUGCAAGGUUCAACUUCUGUGAAAGUUAGCAGUAAAACUACUCUAAUUCCAAGAUUGACAACUCUACCAAUAAUUUCCGUGGCAACAAAAACGACAAUUUGCAAAGUGACAAAUGCACUUGAAUCUACAAGCACAACCUACAUUUCUGAUCCUUCACUGGCAUCAAAUGACUUAAGAAAAAUAAUCUUCGAUGGUGUGGCAGUUGCUGCCAUUGAAUUUAAUUUGUCUACUCUGCAACAGUUGAUGAAUGUUGAGAUUGGAACGUUGACGAACGUUGCUUCGAUUAAAAUAUUAGUGUACUUGCCAGGAACAAACGAACCAGCUAAUCAAUUUUAUUCUCAAGUUGCUACAUCGAGUAUUGAUGUUUCAACUCCGUCAAGCGGUAACAGAGUGAAAAUUGAAUUUUCAUCAAUCGAUUCAACUAAACAGAUAACAGUUGAUGAUCUUUCAAUUUGGUCUUGUGGCAUCUUAGUCACAACCGUCGGUGAAACAACCACGUCGAAAGUAACAACAGGCUCAGUAGCUAGCACACCAAAAUUCUGUCAAGUGAAGACUUUGCCGGAAAUCAGUGCCUUCAUAUCGAAUGGAGCCGUUGGAUACAUUGAAAAGGAUGGUGAACAUGGAGCCACGAGUGAUCAAGAAUACGUAUUCAUCGGUGAUAGCAUCGAUAAAAACUCUCAAGUCAUAGUCAACAGAUGUUAUCAAUGUACAUGCGAUGACAACAACGAGUUUACCUGCACAUUGAAAAACAGCACCUCAAAUGAAGAGACGUGUUUGGUCUCAUACUGUGAUGCUUCGGGCAAUGAAGUUGUGUACAACAGGAGCAGCGCCUGUCAAUGCGGACCUGGUGAAGUUACGUUUGGUCAAUAUCCAGAUUGUUGUUCUUGCGCGGGAGUCGGAACCACCGCAGAGACACGAGGAACAACUUUGCCAACUCCGAUUGAGACAUGUUCUGUAGAGCAGAAGUACGUCAACCUGAGCAUUCCACUGAAAGAUGGAAGCGUGUGCACAUCGAACGAAGCCAUCUCGCUGUCAUCCUGCAGAGGAAGUUGUGGCGACAGUUUUGACGAGAGCGCCAUCUACUUCGAAGAAAGCUCUGAGGGAGAUGAUCCGAUCGUCCACCACGGAUUGUGCAAAUGUUGCAGAGGACUCACUGGGGAAUGGAAAUUAUUUGAUGUAAAUUGUGCAUCAGAAAGUAAACGUGUUAAGAUUUACCAGUACACAUCUUGUGGCUGCCAGGAAUGCGUAGCAGGCACCUACACUUCGGGCUUGCCGUUUUAAAACUCUUGAAUUUUGAACACUGCAUAAUUUUGUGAAUUAACUAAAUUGUUUAAAAUUAAAACUUUAACAUAUUUAAUUGUAAUUUUAUUCGGUAAUAAAAUGAUUAUUUGAAAAUUUUAA